AUGGCAGGAUCCCGACCUAUUACACCUGCAUCACCCAAACCUAACAAAACAAAAGAUCCGAAUCCCGGGAUUCCCAUUUACGGCUGUGAACACAUUCAACGACUUCUCACAAAGAGCCAAGAUGUAACAACGAAUACUAUACAGCACUAUAAGAUGCUACUUCGGGUCAUCUUUGACAAUACCCCUAUAAUACCACAAACCUCGAAAUCUGUGGACAAACGCCCCGUCACAUCUCUCAUUCCGAACUACCUCUGCCUUCAAUGCCCGACCACAACCACCGCCAAAGACCGCCUAAAGCAUGGGAAACUCAAAGCCCAUAUGUUUUAUGUGGACUCGAGAAGCGGCGGCCUUUUUUGCCAGAUGUGUGACGAUUUCGUCUGGGACCCUACUUUGGAGGAAUUGAGACUCCGUAAAAUUGGAACUGGCUCCUUUUCAAGUCGAAAACGAAAACGAGACGAGCCUUUCACAGACCCGGCGAAAGAUGACACCGCAUAUAUGUCUAUAAAUACGACUGCCGCGCCAUGCCGUGCCGCCGGGCUUCGUGGCAUUUUUAAUAUGGGAAGCACUUGCUUUAUGAGCGUUAUUCUGCAAAGUUUUGUGCAUAACCCUCUCCUUAGAAACUUCUACCUACGGGAUGGACAUCAAGUUGGACAAUGUACGCAAGACAACUGCCUGAGCUGUGGCAUGGACGAGCUUUUUCAAGCCUUUUACUCCGAGGAGACUACAGCUAGCUAUGUUGCUUCCAAGAUGCUGUCCGAUUCGUGGCUUUGCCAACAAGCAGCGUUUUCGGAGCUCGCCGGGUAUGAUGAGCACGAUGCUCAUGAGUACUUUCAGUUCCUUGCAGAAGAACUUCAUAGAACAAAUCGGCAGGAGCGACAUGCUUCUCCCACAGGGGCGAAUGCAUCUAACGUCUCACACUUAACUAGUAACUGCGAUUGUAUCGUUCACCAGACAUUCUACGGUAAAUUCCAGAGCACCUUGACAUGCCAGAACUGUGGCGUAGUGACAACUUCUGUGGAGCCAUUCUUGGAUCUCAGUCUAGCCAUUGACAGUAUAGCAAAAAGACAAGGUAACAACAACGGGGAGAGUAGCCAUGAAUGGUCUCAGCCAUUGACACUUCAACGCUGUCUUGAUGUGGAGUACAUGCAACCCGAACGGUGCGAAUACUCGUGCCGCAGUUGUGAUAGCCCACAAGAAGCAAGGAAGCAAUUAAGCAUCAAGAAUUUACCAAACGUGCUCUGCAUUCAGUUCAAGCGGUUCGAACAUCAUAAAAGCCUUCGCACAAGCGCGAAGAUACACUUGAAAGUGCAAUUCCCGCUGCAGCUCAAUAUGCUCCCAUACACGAAUCGAGCGAGAACUCAGGAUACUAGCGAAAACUUCGAAUUGGCAAGGUCCUGUACAUAUGAUCUUCUCAGCGUUGUAGUGCAUGUCGGGAAGCUGAAUUCUGGCCAUUACAUUUCAUAUUCAAGAGUGGGAAAUCAAUGGUUCAAGUUUGAUGAUCAUAAAGUCACUAUGGCAUCAGAGUCUCACGUUUUGGGAGCCGAGGCCUUUCUUUUAUUCUAUAUUAUUCGGUCUCUGGCGUAG